GGUAGUAUUAGCUGCUGCUCUCAUUUACGAUCGAUCGCCAUUUCUACUCCUCCAUCAACCAUCACACGCAAAUCCAUCUACUAUAUAUUUAUAAAUCUUCAUACAUAUAUAUAUUUAUUCCUGCAUUUAUUUUCAUACGGAAUUUAUCGACUUCUUCAAUCCCUCACCAACCUCUCUUUUUCUCUCUGAAAGUUUUGGUUUGAGAGAGAGAGAGAGAGAUCAGAGAACAGCUCCAACUACAAUGGAAGGUGUCUCUGCGACCACGUACAAGCUGGGGUUGAGAGGAUACUGGAGGAGGAGAGGGUACGAGAAGCUAAAUGGGUCGGGUCAUAGGCGGAGGACACGGUCGGGGCAGCUGGGUUCGUCUCGGGCGAGAUUACGGUUCUGGCGGUGGCGGAUCAAGAUCACGCCCAAGCUCCGUGUCCUGAGACUUCCUUCGCCCAAGAGCCUCUUAGUCCGGCUUCGCGACUGGUACGUGAAGCUGAUGCUCCGACUGGCCAACUCGCGGGUUUGCAGUGUCGGCGGGUACGGUACUAGUACUGUGGCGGUCUGCGAUGGGAUCGGCAAGUUCCCGAGAGGCACAGUCAAGGAGUACGACGAGAAAAUGAUAGUAGAGAUAUACAAAUCCAUGGUCAUGGCGCAGGGCCAUCUGGUUCCUCGCCAAACAGCAAAACUUUGCUCUGAACGGUAAUUUUGGUUUCGGUUUUGUUAAUUGUCUUAUUUAUGAAUAAACAGACAAUGUAAUUUUAAUUAAUGUCACAAUAAGUAGUAGGCUUCUUUAGUUUACAAUUAAUCGGCUGUUAAAAUUGUUAAUUAAUGUCUUCUGACUUCUUAUAAGUAAUAUUGAGGUUAGUUGGGAAA